AUGGCGUCCGAGCCCACAAGCCUCAUUGAAUGCUUCGACCAAGAACUCCCAACUCUCGAUGCACAUCCUAUGCCAUACAAGAGCGCGAAGCCCUCUGGAGAAUCGACUAGAUUGGCAGUACCACCUCUGAUUCUGCGCCAUGUGUCUUGGAAGCAGUUCUCAGCCUUAGCGGACAAUACCCUUUCUUCACUCACAAACAACCCUCAAAGCGAGAAUUCCAUCUCUACUACAUUCUCGCAACUUCCGCUCCAAAGUGAAAGCGAUGUUGUUUACGCCUCGUUGUUGUACGUCGUCCAACCCAUCAUGGAGAUACUCCAAGUCCUGUACCCCAAUCAGUGGACAACGCACACCGAACUGCACGAUAAAGCCUCUGAGAAAAGGGAGAGCCUAGAAGAUCCAAAAACAAAAGUAACGAAAGACGUAAUAAGUUAUGACUUGGUCUUCAAAUCCACCACGCAACACCCCAACCCAGGCAAGACCAUCGCCGUGAUCGAAUACAAGCGCCGAGAGCUCAUUCGCCAUAACGAUUUCCAGGAUGCGAUAAUCCCCGAUAGUUCCACUCCUGCUCAAAUCAAUAAACUCAAGAAGCAGAGUCUAGACAUGGGGGAUCAAGGUCUUCUAAAGUCGAACGCCCUCUCCUACUGUAAGCAAGUGUCUCGCUAUGCACAGAUAUCGAAGUGCAAGCAUGUAGCUCUCUUCAACUGGCAGCACUUGCUUCUCUUCGACUUCCAUCAGCUGAGUGCUAGCAUGAACGGGAGUUUUAAGAACAAACCGAACACGUUCGCUGCGGGAGAUGAAGCCAAGAUCUCCUGGGUCUGCGAAGGAGCGCCACCAGUACCUUUUAUGGAGCAGGGUUUCAUCCGGAAGGUAUUACUGGGCUGGAUAAUCAGGGCAUUCGAAGACUCCAGGAACCAGUAG